AUGUCCACCAUGCUUCCUCAGCAGCGGCUACAGAUGCCCACCAUGCUUCCUCAGCAGCGGCUACAGAUGCCCACCAUGCUUCCCCAGCAGGGACUACAGAUGCCCACCAUGCUUCCUCAGCAGCGGCUACAGAUGCCCACCAUGCUUCCCCAGCAGGGACUACAGAUGCCCACCAUGCUUCCCCAGCAGGGACUACAGAUGCCCACCAUGCUUCCCCAGCAGGGACUACAGAUGCCCACCAUACUUCCCCAGCAGGGACUACAGAUGUCCACCAUGCUUCCCCAGCAGGGGCUACAGAUGUCCACCAUGCUUCCUCAGCAGCGGCUACAGAUGCCCACCAUGCUUCCCCAGCAGCGGCUACAGAUGCCCACCAUGCUUCCCCAGCAGGGACUACAGAUGUCCACCAUGCUUCCCCAGCAGGGGCUACCACCACAGACGAGGAUAAGCAGGCUCAAAGCUCAGCUCACACUGCAUCCAUCACACAGUGCUGGUAGUAGACCAAGUCUUUCAUUGGUAAUAGACGUUCCACUUUUUACGUAGCUGUUCCAAUUAAAACAUUUGAAAAAGCAAGCCUGUAAGUAAAGUAGUAGAUAUAACUUUGUGUCUUUUAAACUAUUUAAAGUGAAAUUGAAUUUGGUCUCUUUAGAUCUGUCUGUCUGGUACAGAAUAGUUAGCUCACUUGUUACAGUAGAUCAUGUAUUAUCAGUUUGAUUUCAGAAAAUGUCUACAGAACAAGCAUCAUUAUCAGUUAUUGGACCUGUAUCAACUCCACCAGACUGCUCAUGACCAAUCCAGAUACCGGAUAACAUGACAUCAAACAUGCCCCUUCUUUAAAUGUUGAUAUUCUGACGAGGGAAAACAUUCCAGAUGAUGUAAUCACUGUGGUGAUUGGUUGAGGUAUUUCCAUCCCUUUUUAAAGAAUAAAAGGCUGUCAUAGGACAGUUGUCUGUUUUGAACCUGCUUCUUUUGUGCUAUUAUAUGAUGUUCAUGUCAAACUCAGACAAGUUGUUAAUGGCCUCGUUCGGCCAUUGUAAAAGUUUGUAGGAAGGAAAGAAGCUGUCCUUUACAUCAUAAGUGGAUUUGUGAGUUUUGGGGGAAUCUCAUUCGUUGAGAGGAUCCAUUGAAGCUGGUUUUCUGGUGGGAUAAUGACAGACAAUCAUAGUCUAACUGUUCAACUAGCCUUAUUUGCGAGACAAAAAAAAAACAUGAUUCUAUGUCCAUAAAAUUUCGCCUGUAAAAUCAACUCGUAAAAAGUUAAAUUCCGAAAUAAAGAAAUAGUACAAUUGUCUUAAAAUGUUCCUCAUGUUCUAGCUUGCUUUGCAGUGCUCCUUGUCUGUUACAGCCUCACAGACACACACACACACACACACACACACACACACACACACACACACACACACACACACACACACACACACACACACACACACACACACACAAACACACACAACGUUAGAACAUUGGCAGUGUCAGUGUACUGCCCUUGACUCGUCGGCAGGCCUUCUUUUCAUCUCACAGUGUGCGUCCCAAAUGGCACCCUAUUCCCUAUAUAGUGCACUACCUUUGACCAGAGCCUAAUGUGUGCCCUGGUCAAUUGUAGUGCACUAUAUAGGGCAUAGGGUGCCAUUUGGGACGUAGCCAUUGACUGGGGUUCCCACACCAGUAAAGAUUUCACCAUGGCCUUUAGAAAUGGACAAAAGACGGCAGACCACCCAUGUACUAUCGCCUCUGUUUACAUGUUAAUGAGAUGUACUAUCGCCUCUGUUUACAUGUUAAUGAGAUGUACUAUCGCCUCUGUUUACAUGUUAAUGAGAUGUACUAUCGCCUCUGUUUACAUGUUAAUGAGAUGUACUAUCGCCUCUUUUUACAUGUUAAUGAGAUGUACUAUCACCUCUGUUUACAUGUUAACGAGAUGUACUAUCGCCUCUGUUUACAUGUUAAUGAGAUGUACCAUCACCUCUGUUUACAUGUUAAUGAGAUGUACUAUCGCCUCUGUUUACAUGUUAAUGAGAUGUACUAUCGCCUCUGUUUACAUGUUAAUGAGUUGAUGUAUGUAGUAAGACAACGUAGUUACGUAAUUGUAAGAUGUUUACUAAGAGGGCAUCGCCGGCAACGGCCUAGUUGUAUGGCUGCAUCCCAAAUGGCACAAAUAGUAGUGCACUAUAUAGGGAAUAGGGUGCCAUUUGGGAUACAAACUUAUGCGUGUUACCUCGGACUCCCCUCGGUUCCCCCUAUUCAUGUGUGGAAUCUCAUUGUUGGUGGGGACAUCAUUCAGGCUGGGGUUUUAAAGGUCCAAUGCAGCUGUUUUUUUUAUAUCUCAAUAUCAGUUCAUUUCUGGGUAACAAUUAAGUAUCUUACUGUGAUUGUUUUGCAAUUCAAAUGGUCAAAAAUAAACAAAAAUAGCAUCUUAGCAAAGAGCAAUUUCUCAAGCAAGAAUUUUGCUAGGACUAUCUGGAGGGGUUUGAGUGGGGAGAGGAAAACUGAAAAUUAGCUGUUAUGGCAGAGAGGGUUGGAACUCUUUCUUAUUGGUCUAUUAAAUAUUACCGCAUGGUGAUGUCACCAUGGAAGGCCAAAACUCCCUCCUACCAAAACAGGCUGAAAUUUCAGAUGGCCUUUUCAAACAGCUCUUACACUAAAAGAGCAUUAUCAUAAUUUUCAAAAUGUCACAUUAUUAUUCCAACAUCAUAGUGUGGAAAUAUAUAGAAAACACAGGAUAAUCUAGUUUUUGACUGCACUGGGCCUUUAAGGUCUGAAGAGAGGGAAGGAAGGAGGUUAAUUAAAGCUGUGUUUAGAGGGCUGCACUGAGAGGGGGGACUACGUCUGAACCUACACUGUGGUGAAUAGCUCAGAAGAUUCAAAGAUCUGGGAGAAAGGGCCAAGAAGUCAGGAGUCUAAGGUUUGGAGUGUCUGACAGUAGAUACGCCAGAGAGAGAGAGAGAGAGAGAGAGAGAGAGAGACUUUGAAGAUGACACCUGCCAGUUUGGUGUUAGCCUGGUUCCUGCUCGCUGUGAGGACAGUCAACUCUACUGUGUAUCUGGAGCAUGAGGAGGAGGGUGAGUUCAGUUCACUUCAACACCACUGGGAUCCAACUACUUCAGGGUUGCUAUAAUCCCCUGUUUUUUCCAGAAAUUCCGGUUGCAGGAUUUCUGGAAUAAGCAGGGAAUACGCUCCAAGCUUGAAUUCUCUUCAACCAGGCCUUUUGAUGAACAAGUGAAUUUUGGGGACGUUUUCAGGAAUUUUGCAACCCUAUUCGUGAGCAAAUCUUGAGUUGAAUAUCUGUUUUUGGAUCUGUUUGUUGAUGUGGGUUUAAUGUUGAUGGAUAUUUUUCAACAAUAAGAACCUGUUGAAAUCUAGAGACCACAUGUAUUACAGAAGCAUACCAGAAGCAUCAUGUUGUCACGGGGGAAACUGUUUGGAGUCUGUGAUGGAACAUGUAGGAGAACAGAAUCUAUAGAUUUAACCUUGCCGUAACAAUAUUGAUGUUGUCACAUACUGUGUGGCAGUACAACAUUCUUAAACAACUGCCCUUAUAAUAACUGUAAUAAACGGUAUAGUUGCACAUAUUGAGUUACAGUGUAAUACAUUUAAAACUCCAUUCAACAGAUUUAAUGCUAUCUAAUUUUACGUUAUGAUAUUUCAUGUGAUUUCAUGUUCUGUGAUUUCAUGUGAUGUUAUGUGAUUUCAUCUUAUCUGAUUUCAUGUUCUGUGAUUUCAUGUGAUGUUAUGUGAUUUCAUCUUAUCUGAUUUCAUGUUCUGUGAUUUCAUGUGAUGUUAUGUGAUUUCAUCUUAUCUGAUUUCAUGUUCUGUGACUUCAUGACAGGGUCAGGGGGACAGGAUGUAUUUGUAGUCCCUCUGACUCCUUCCUCUCGCCUAGAGCUGAAUGAAACUGUCCUCUGCACCAAUGACCUGAUGGAGGUGGUCAUUCCCAGUGCCUUCUUCCUCAACAAAGUGCCACCCGUUUAUGUAAGUUCCGUUUCACCUAGAAUUAAUAUUACUUUAUAAUGCAGCUUCAUUACCAUUCAUCUACUGUUCAAUGUGGUAUUAUAGAUUACUGCCCGUGUGUUGUGAUGUGCUGUGCUGUGUCAUAUUGUGCAAUAUCUUGCUCUAGUAAUCUCAGCACCCAAAACCAAAUCACAAUUUUAAUAUUAGGCUGUCACGUGGGUCUACUGCAACUCUCUAGUAAUCCCCUCUCUUAGGUCUGGGAUUUGCACCUAAAUGACCUAGAAUGCCGUGGUGUUGAGAUUGAAGAUGACUACGUCUUCAGCAUCAAGACUAAUCUCUCUGACUGUGGGACAAUCAUGGUAAAACUGAGUUUUUCCCUGUAGACAUGCCCUUUCAUUUCAGCGGCAUUGCAUUGCAAUUCUGUAAUGAUUGCUUUGGGAGAUUUACAUUUACUUGUGUACGCCAACUAUGAAGGAUUUAAAUCCGUAAAGUAAACAAAGUAGUAACCUUUGUCAUUCAGAGCUACCCAGACAAAGUAGAAAGACAUUAGUACCAGUAACAUAGAGAUGAACUACUGUUGGGAUUCCUAUCACCAGUUACAUAAAAUCCCCAUCACAGUAAAUUACCUAAUUUUACGAUGCACUUCUGUCAUACUGAGCUCUGGCCUUCCAUCUGGUGUAGUAUUGUAGAACCUCCCUGCAAUGGUUUGUGUGAGCUAAAUGAGAGUUUGGAUACACGCAAUGCUUAAAAUGACUAGCAUAAAUAACACCUCUUGUUUUCCUUUAUAAGUUACAUAUACACUCACCGGCCAGUUUAAUAGGUAGACCCAUCUAGUACCAGGUCGGACCCCACUUUGCCUCCAGAACAGCCUGAAUUCUUCGGGGCAUGGAUUCUACAAGGUGUCGGAAACGUUCCACAGGGAUGUUGGUCCAUGCUGAAGCGAUGGCAUCACGCAGUUGCUGCAGAUUGGACGGUGGUACAUUCAUGCUGCGAACAGCCUGUUCCAUCUCAUCCCAAAGAUGCUCUUUUGGGUUUGGUCAGCAACAGUGUUCAGAUACGCUGUGGCGUUCAAUCGUUGCUCAAUUGGUAUCAAGGGACCUAACGAGUGCCAGGAAAAUAUUCCCCACACCAGUACACCACCGCCACCAGCCUGUACCGUUGACACCAGGCAGGAUGGGGCCAUGGUCUCAUGCUGCUUACGCCAAAUCCUGACCCUGCCAUCAGCAUGACGCAACAGGAACUGGGAUUCGUCGGACCAGGCAAUGUUUUUCCACUCCUCUAUAGUCCAGUGUUGGUGAUCGUGUGCCUUCUUGUUUUUAGCUGAUAGUAGUGAAACCCGGUGUGGUAAUCUGCUGCAAUAGCCCAUCCGUGACAAGGACUGACAAAUUGUGCUUUACAAGAUGCCGUUUUGCACACCACUGUUGUACUGCGCCGUUAUUUGUCUGUUUGUGGCCAGCCUGUUAGCUUGCACGAUUCUUGCCAUUCUCAUUCGACAUCUCUCAUCAACGACCUGUUUUCGCCCAGAGGACUGCUGCUGACUGGAUGUUUUUUGUUUGUCGCACCAUUCUCGGUAAACCCUAGACACUGUCGUGCGUGAAAAGCCCAGAAGUGUGGCUGUUUUUGAGAUACUGGAACCGGCGCGCCUGGCACCUACGAUCAUACCACGCUCAAAGUCGCUUAGGUAAUUCGUUUUUCCCAUUCUAACAUUCAAUCGAACAGUAACUGAAUGCCUCGAUGCCUGUCUGCCACGUGACUCACAGCAAUCCAUUUUCGUGAAUGGGGUGGUGUACCUCAGAUAUCAGCUUCCUGCACUGUAAUAAUCUCAUAAUCUGUAGAACGAGAGAGGGAGAGACACAUAGAGAGAGAGAGAGAGUAAGAGAGUGAGACAGAGAACGAGAGAGGGAGGGAUAAGUAGCCUAUUAGAAAAUAGGAGUGUUGUUCCUCCCCAGAGCCACUGGACUUCAUUCAAAGCAGCAAGGAUGGGUGGGAGCUUGAAGCUCUAAAUUAUCAGGGUUUACAUGGUAAUGAGGAGCGUGUUUUCAGACCUGCUGAAUAGCCAGGCUAUAAAUCUUUUUUUAGUUUGUUUUUUAGACAAUAGACAAUAGACAUAGACAAAGACAAUAGACAACUUAACAAUUCACAGACAUGGAUCCACUAAACUAGACAUGACGUUGGCUGGGACUUAACGCCCAACCUUCAACAUAAAGAAAAAAAGCUGAAUAAAGACAAAACUUCAACUCAGACGUACAUACAUUUCAACAAACAUUAAUGACAUCAUACUUGCUCAGACCUGUUCCCACAGUAUCCACACCGAUCUUGUUUGUUCUCAUAAUAACAUACUGUUUUCACUUUUCAUCCAUUGGUUAUUUCUAGUGCUUGUAAUUUUAUGCCAUUCGGCUUCAAAUUGUUCUAUUUAGUUUCUUUCUGUAGCCCGCAUUUUUUCAAUAUUUAAAUAAUACUGCAUUUGAUUCAUCCAGUGUCUUAACGAUGGAGGAUCUGAUCAUUCGAUUUCCAGAUAAUAAGUAAUGUUUUUCCAAAAUGAUUGCAGAGAAAAGCAUUAUCCAACCCAUUGGGUAUCUCACUGCAUGUCCACAUGCCAUGUCUUGAAAAAUGCAGAUAGACGGAUUAAAGGUAAACUUAAAUUGUAAAACUUCUGACAGCUAACUGUCUACCUCCAACCGUAACGUUUUGACUUUAUAGCACUCCUAGAAAGCAUGCAUUAUUGAGUCAUUAUUUGUUUUACACUUAAGACAUGACUCUGCCGUUGUGCUGUAGAAUUUGUGGAUUUUGUCUCUUGUAUAAUACAUUCUGUACAUUAUUUUAUACUGGAUUUAACUGUAAUUUCGUUAAGUUAUGUUCCAACACUCCCUCCAUCUUGUGCCAAUUUCAGUUCUUUUUCGGUCAUGGUUCGAAUAGUAAAAAUUUUUCUAAGAGAUUGUCAGUUAGAUAGGCUCUCUGCAAGGUUUGGUAUAUCUUACCUAUCACAUGAGUAUUUUUUUCUGACUCAAAUAGGAUUCCCUCAACAUUGCUCUGAUUUCAGAUCUAAAUUGUAUGAUAUAAAACUUGUAAUUUAAAUAUAUUUGAAAAUGUCUACAUUGGUCACUCCAAAUUGCUUUUUAAUUCUGUCAUGGAAAUAAAUGGUAUUUCCUAUUACCCAAGAAGUCAUUUACGGUUUCUAUACCUUUAGUUUUCCAUGUGGACCAAUUUAUCUGUGAAUUCUGAAAAGUUAUAAAAUGAUUUUUCCAUAGGGGUGUGUUUUUAGGGAGUGAUAUUGGUUCUUGUAGAAUCCGUUUCAUUUUAACUAUAUUAAUGUUCUUAGCUUUAUCCUUUGAAAACAGACACAUUAGAAUAUUCUGGGGAUGAACAUGCGCAUCUUCAAUAUGUAAGCUACCCAUUGUUCCUCUUUUGUGCAUUUAUCAAUCAAUCACAUUUAUUUAUAAAGCCCUUUUUACAUCAGCAGAUGUCACAAAGUGCUAUACAGAAACCGAGCCUAAAACCCCAAACAGCAAGCAAUGCAGAUGUAGAAGCACGGUGGCUAGGAAAGACUCCCUAGAAAGGCAGAAACCUAGAGAGGAACCAGGCUCUGAGGGGUGGCGCAAGUAAAAGCCUUGGGUGGCGAAUUAAUACAAUUCCAAGUCUGGAAGGUUAAAACCACCCUCAGACGUAAAACUUGCCUUUGGCACACUUUGUAGUCCCGCCGUUUAUAAUCCUCCCAGCCUGGUCUCAUACGGUUGCAGCAGUAGUACAGCUCUGAGGAUCAUUUUCAUUUGGUGUGGUAUAAAUCUGUACUCAAGACCACGAGUGUCAUUGUGACGCUUGCUUAGAAUGCACAAAUGCUUUUCUUGUAAAGCGAGCGAAAUGUUAACACAGCUUAGUGGGGGGGGGGGGGGGGGUGGAAGAAAAAUCUCUCCCUCUCUCUCUCUACCCUCGCAGUAGUUUUACAAGGGUCAAGCUCUAGCAUACCAGCCCUAGUGAAAGUAGUAAGCCUACUUUUCCUUUGGGAUUAGAAGCUGUUUGGGAAAAGAAGGGAAUGCCAUAGUUAAGAAACAUGCCUUCUUUUCACCUUGAGAGGUAGGAACAGACCCUCUUAAACCCCACUGACAGGACCGGAGAGAUACAGACAGGACCGGAGAGAUACAGACAGGACCGGAGAGGUAGAGACAGGACCGGAGAGAUACAGACAGGACCGGAGAGAUACAGACAGGACCGGAGAGAUACAGACAGGACCGGAGAGGUACAGACAGGACCGGAGAGGUACAGACAGGACCGGAGAGGUACAGACAGGACCAUAGAGGUACAGACAGGACCAGAGAGAUACAGACAGGACCGGAGAGGUACAGACAGGACCGGAGAGGUACAGACAGGACCGGAGAAGUACAGACAGGACCGGAGAAGUACAGACAGGACCUGA